AUCUCCUUAGUCCAGACUGUACCCAUAUCAUUUUCUAGCAAGUAUAUUCUGACUCCUUCUGAUCUUCCUCACUCAUUGCCUCUGCUUCUCUUUUCUACCCCUAUCAUACAAGGUUCUUAUUAUCCUGCCACUAAUAGAGGAAAAGAAAGUUUUAUGCUCUCAAAGUGCUUAUACAAUAGCAUUACUAAUAACAAGCAUGUUUAUUCUAAUAUCAUUAUCUCAUACUCAACUAAGAGUAAAUAUUAUACUGCUAUAAAAAAUAAUCUACAAAAAACAGGUUUAUUAGUUAUAGGAAGACCUUUUCAGAAAAAACCAAAGCUCAUCUCACUUCCAUUGUUUGGUAGAAAAACAUCGAAUGAAAAGCAAAUGUCUGUUAAUUUUGUGGAUGCCAUUUCACAAAUUUGUUGCAAUGAACGUCAUUCAGGACCUACCAAUGUAGAUCCUACGCCUAAAAACACAAAAUAUAUUACUCUAUCUGAUGCUAAUAUUGAGAAAGAUGCUAAUAUUAUAUCUACUAAUAAUAUUAAAUCAAUUACGCCUAUUUCUACCAAUCUAUCUACUUCUUAA